AUGGCAGAUGCUAAACGGAGCUAUCCUGUUGAGAUGGAUGCUGCUGUGGGGAUAGGCAUUGCGGGCCUGUUUUUCCUUGUUCUUAAAGCAGCGCUAAUUGUUGGCCCUGGACGGAGGAUGCUGGAGGCAGUCAUCACUACUAAUAAGAAGCUGGUUGCAAAGCAGGUGACCCAACUGGUCAGCCAGUCAGCCAGCAGGGUAGUAGGUUCCAUCCACAACGCCAUUCAGAUCCCCUUUGCAUUGUACCUCUUGAGUGACGAGACGAUCCAGAGCGAUCACAUAUACGGCAUCACACCCCUGAGCAAAACGUGCAUGUGCAUCACAGCGGGCUAUUUUCUUGUGGACCUGAUCAUCUGCAUAUGGAAGUACCACGAGGAGGGUCCCCUGUACCUCAUGCAUGCAGGCUUCUCCUUUUUGCUGUUUGCCCAUGGCGUCCUCCACAACUUCAAUCACUUUUACGGUGCCGCCUUUCUUAUGUGGGAGGUCAGCACGCCCUUUGUGCACCUUCGAUGGUUCUUGCACAAGAUGGACUUGGGCAGCACACGCAUCUACUUCUACAAUGGACUGCUCAUGAUCAUCUCCUUUUUCAGUUGCCGCUGCAUCUGGGGACUGUGGGUCUCAUACGAUUUCUGGGCGAAAACUGCAAGUGAGCUGGUGUCCCCCUCGCCAGGUGGCUUUCCAGCAAUCUGGACCUACAUCUACAGGUUGGCCAAUGUCGCCCUGUGCGUCCUGAACUUCUACUGGUUCUCAAAAAUGGUGGCCAAGGCCGCUGCAUUCUUUCAUGGUGGCGCUGCCGCUGACCAGAAUGUGCAUGCGAAGGGUGAGUAG